AUGAUGCACCAGCAACCAAUCAAAUCCGUUCUUUUUGGCGGGUCUUGUGAUCACGUGACGGAACCGCUGGCCGAGACAUCCGCAUGCUAUCUAACAACUCAGCGCGUGUUACUUUCGAGAACAGCGCUCAACCCCAUGCCAUUUGUUAUUCUUCUAAAUAAUGGAAGAUGGCCAGCAAAAAAGCCUUCUUUGUAUGUCAAUGACUGCGUGCUCACGUUCGUUGGUGUUGUUACUGGAUUCGAUUUUACGGAGAUCCCUGCCUGUCAGAUGCAAAUGCUUGAUAUGCUCAUAAAGGCGUUAACACGUAUGAAGUUAACGCAUGUGGACAAAGGUCUGAGUGCUGCAAGGAUGGAAAGUUUAUCGGGUGCUGAGAAGAAAUUUGUAUUCGAGCACUGCGUGUGCUUGAAAAACCAAUUGGCCGCCAUCAAUAUUUACAACACUUAA